CAUUUAAAUGUAUAAAAACUUAUCAAAUAUGUUGUAAACAUAAAUAAAUAUUAUUAUUUCGGAAGAAUACUGGUUCCCUUUAUAGUGACCGAAAACUAAGCUAAUUUGGACUUAUAUGUUAUAAUGUAAAUAUGUAGCAAUUAGAAACAAAGUUACUUGUGGGAUUAAUAACAAUCUUAAGGCAGAAAAGAUUUAAAUAAUUUAAAUCUAAGUUCGUACUUUUAAAAAAAAUGAACAGAAGAUUAAAUUUAAAUGACCGUUAAUGAAGCUGCCAACUUGUAAAGAAAUCGCAGAAAGUUGCCAGCUCUGUCUGAUUUGCUUGUGUUUGUGAAUGCCCGGUUUAAACAACUGCGCCUUUUUGCAAAGAAUCGAAUUAAAUAGGAAACAUGACUUACCAAGAGAAAAUCGCAGAUUUUAAGAACUGGGCCACCAGCCUGGGCUGUCCGCCCACUUCUAUACCCACCGAUGAUGCGCUCCGAAGGAUUUUCAAGUCAGGCUCGAGUUUGCUUCUCAACCAGCUGCAAUCCCGAAUACAUCCGGUGGAAUAUGUUCGUGAGGUGCGUGAGAACCUGUUGAUUGCCCAAGUAGCCCGGUAUAAGGAUAAGAUGGCACCGCUGGCUUCACGGAGUUUUCAGCCACCGGAGCUUCAGAGGUACCAUAAAAUACAGGAGCUUAAGAAGCACAAGGAGAAGGUGGAUCAGCAACUGGCGGACACCAGAAAGGAAUACCAAAAACAAUCCGUCAGCAUUAAGGCUAAGAACAUUCAAACCAUCAGUGCUGAGAACCGAAAGCAGCUUCUCGAAUCUAAAUGCAAUAUCCUUGAGCUAAAGCUGGAAUCGCUCAACAAGAACUACGACCAGGAGCUGAACAAUAAAUCCCAAAUUCUGGCCAACACGCCCGUCAGGCUCAGUUCCAAGAAUGCCAGUGAGGUGCAGGCGACCCGGGCCGUGGAGCAGGCACUGAAACAGCUGGAGACCUUCUACGGAAUGUGUGAUGAUGGCAAUUCGGUACACAGUUUACCAGAUGCCAAGCAGCGCCUUUGGAAUGAAAUGAGGACCACCUUUGCCGAUAUUCCCAACGCCUUGCUCUUGAACGUCAUAAUGAAGAUCAAGGAGGAGCAACUGCAAAACAUAAUGCAUCUGAAUGAAACAAAGAACAAAUGUGCUACGUCCAAGCCACCAUUGAAUAACUACGAGGUGAAGUUGUUAAAAACAAAAGCCGAUAUGCUGGGUCUGGCGGCCAAAUUCUUCGGGGCCCAAAAAGAGCUGGAAAAGAAUGAGGAACGCUUCUGUAGAGACUACAGCGUCUUUGUGGAUAAGCUGCAAACGAAGGUGUAUAGCUUCAACGGGAUAAGCUUAUGCGAUGAAGAGAAUGCCGAUGAACUAAUAAGCGACUAUCUAGUGCAAUACAAUAUGCGCAAUUUUAAUCGCGCCCAAAACGAAUUUCUGCGCGACCAGAUCGAGCAACUGCGUUUGGAGCUUGAUGCUGGCGCAAAACAUCUCGAAAACCACGAUUUAAAGCUUGGUUCUGUGAAACAGGUUUAUGGUGACAUCAACGCCAGUAUCAAUCGCAUCCAGCAGGAUAUGAUGCAGCUGUCGCAGAUCAAAGAGAAGAUCCUCUUUUCGCGUAAUAUGAUGAAAAACCUUCUGGAUGACAUGCAGGCGGCCACACAAAAGCAAAACGCCAAGUCUCAGCUAAUGAGCACUAAGCUAAAGGUCAGCAAUAUGUCUAUGCUGGGAUCGGAGAGCUUCUGCCUGGCAAACGAUAGCGUGUUCUCCAGCACUAAGGUCGAGUUUGAUGGGAAUUGCAGCACAAUCAACUCAACUAUGCGUCGCAGCUUCGACAACAAAACUAUGAUGCCGGGAGGAGCAGCUUCCACCACACUGAUGGUUGCAUCCGGGGCCACUGUACCCUCGCACUUGCUGGAACUGAAUACCUUUUUGGAAAUUCCGUUGGAGAAGUUCAAUUGCAUGCCACGUGCCUGCUCCUUCCUGUUGUCGGCCAAUCCACUCAUUGUCGAGGCCCAGGAGCUAGCAUCCACUGUUCAAUUGGCACCCGGCUAUUUGCUAACACCCUUCGGCGCCUUGCAGGAAGUCCGUAAACGCAUUUUGUGGGCGUCGGCAAUUGCCGCACACUUGUCUGACUUGAAAUUGAAUUUGCAGCCGUUAAUUGUUGAUCCGCAUGAUUUGAGACUGAAGGCGAGCCGGCAACACGAGGAAAUUGACCAAUUGCUGGACAAUCUGAUGGCCAUUGGGGUGAAGACCCAAUUGCAGCUGGAAAAGGCCGAGCGCAUCUACCACUUCCUACUUGAGAAUCCUUUGCGUCGUUAUGUCCCUCCUGGAAAUCUAUAUAAAAAUGGCAGCUAUGCUGACUACGAAGCCGAGUUUAAUCUCUAUUAUCGUAUGGUCACCAACGGGGGUUCGUCUAGGACCCAGCCUAAUUAAGUCUGUUAUUAAUUCUAUGAUCACUGCAUCGUUCUCAUUUACAAACUUGUAUUAUUACAUUAAUUUCUUGUUAAAUACUGAAAUGAAAACAGUUCCUUGUAUGUUUUUCUUA